UCCGACGUCGUUCCAAGUUAACCGGUCCAUUUUUCUUCCUCUUACUCGCAUCUAUCAACUGAGCCACCGAUCUUUAGUAACUCGUAUCCACAACUACCUAUUUCGCCGGAAUAUUUCGUCGGAAGAGUAUGUUGGAGGUGAUUGUAGGGGAUUUGAAUCAAUAAUGUGCAAUUCGAUCGUCCAACAGGAGUCACAGUUGGCCAUCGUUGCAAUGGGUCAUUUGACAGCAAGAAGCGAUGUAUGCAGUUUUGGUGUGGUUCUCCUUGAGAUUUUAACAGGUAGGCAAUGCAUUGACAAAAACCGUCCAUCUGGCCAACAAAUAUUGGUUGUAUUUGCUAAGCCUUUUUUGAGUAGCAAACAAAAGAUUCUUCACAUCAUGGACCCACGUAUCGAAGGGCAAUACGCGACUUCUGUUGCCACACGGGCAGCCAUGCUGACAAUGAAGUGUCUCAUGAAAGAACCCAAACACAGGCCGAGUGCUGAUGAAUUGGUUAAAGCAUUGGAUCAGAUUUAGGAGUUGCAGAGAGCAUUGGAGAAUGUUGGAAUGGAAUCAAUGAGAAAAGAGAAUCGGAAUGGGAAUGAAAACAAAGUUGUUUCUUAUCAGUUGGGAUAUUUUGGUGUACAGUUUUCAAGAUUUUAUGAAUAUAUACAUUUAAUUUUGGGCGAUUUGUGUUUUAUGAAUAUGUUGUGGUGAG